GGGCCCAAGGUGUCGUUCUCGUGUCGCGGGGCGGCCUCAGGGCCCGCGCCCGGCCCGGGUCCCGGCCCGGGCCCGGGGCCGGCGGACGAGGCUGGCAGCGAGGAGGCUGGCCCGGCAGGGGAGCCGCGGGGGAGCCAGGCCAGCUUCAUGCAGCGCCAGUUCGGCGCGCUCCUGCAGCCGGGCGUCAACAAGUUCUCGCUGCGGAUGUUCGGCAGCCAGAAGGCCGUGGAGCGGGAGCAGGAGCGCGUCAAGUCAGCGGGGGCCUGGAUCAUCCACCCGUACAGCGACUUCAGGUUCUACUGGGACUUCACCAUGCUGCUCUUCAUGGUGGGAAACCUGAUCAUCAUCCCCGUGGGCAUCACCUUCUUCAAGGAUGAGACCACGGCCCCAUGGAUUGUGUUCAACGUGGUCUCGGACACAUUCUUCCUCAUGGACCUGGUGCUGAACUUCCGCACGGGCAUUGUGAUUGAGGACAACACGGAGAUCAUCCUGGACCCUGAGAAGAUCAAGAAGAAGUACCUGCGCACGUGGUUUGUGGUGGACUUCGUGUCCUCCAUCCCUGUGGACUACAUCUUCCUCAUCGUGGAGAAAGGCAUCGACUCUGAGGUCUACAAGACGGCGCGUGCCCUGCGCAUCGUGCGCUUCACCAAGAUCCUCAGCCUGCUCCGCCUGCUCCGCCUGUCGCGCCUCAUCCGCUACAUCCACCAGUGGGAGGAGAUCUUCCACAUGACCUACGACCUGGCGAGCGCGGUCAUGCGCAUCUGCAACCUCAUCAGCAUGAUGCUGCUCCUGUGCCACUGGGACGGCUGCCUGCAGUUCCUGGUGCCGAUGCUACAGGACUUCCCGCGCAACUGCUGGGUGUCCAUCAACGGCAUGGUGAACCACUCGUGGAGCGAGCUGUACUCCUUUGCACUCUUCAAGGCUAUGAGCCACAUGCUCUGCAUCGGGUAUGGGCGGCAGGCUCCUGAGAGCAUGACGGACAUCUGGCUGACGAUGCUGAGCAUGAUCGUGGGUGCCACCUGCUACGCCAUGUUCAUCGGCCACGCCACUGCCCUCAUCCAGUCGCUGGACUCCUCACGGCGCCAGUACCAGGAAAAGUACAAGCAGGUGGAGCAGUACAUGUCCUUCCACAAGCUGCCCGCCGACUUCCGCCAGAAGAUCCACGACUACUACGAGCACCGCUACCAGGCUUGUGUGACAUCAGGCCAGAUCCCUGGGGCUGCCGUCAUAAAGUCCUUAAAACAGCAGCAAUUUACUCUUUUUGGAGAAGUAAACAAUCGUGAAGGCCGGAAGUCUGAGAUCGAGGUGUCUGAGGCCUGCGCUCCCUUCAGAGGCUGCAGAGGAGGGCCCGUCCUGCCCCUGCCAGCUUCUGGUGUGGCCAGGGGCCUUGGCAUCCUUGGCCUGGAGGAGGGGCUGAGGGACCAUGACGCUGGGGGCAGGGGCAUGGAGGGCCAGGCCCUGUGGUUCCCUGCAGAUUCUCUGAAGGCUCGCUGUCAGAGACACCUGUUCCCACUGGGAGCUGGUCCCCACUGCGCAGAGGAAGAUACCAAGGGUCUGAGAGGUGAAACGGUCCCCAAGGUAGGGUGUGAUGGAAGCAAGGGCCUGAUAUGUGCCCUGAUGUCACUGCUACAGGAGAUUGUCAACUUCAACUGCCGGAAGCUGGUGGCCUCCAUGCCACUGUUUGCCAACGCCGACCCCAACUUUGUCACAGCCAUGCUGACCAAACUCAAGUUCGAGGUCUUCCAGCCGGGGGACUACAUCAUCCGCGAGGGCACCGUCGGCAAGAAGAUGUACUUCAUCCAGCACGGUGUGGUCAGCGUGCUCACCAAGGGCAACAAGGAGAUGAAGCUGUCCGACGGCUCCUACUUCGGGGAGAUCUGCCUGCUGACGCGGGGUCGGCGCACUGCGAGCGUGCGGGCGGACACGUACUGCCGCCUCUACUCGCUGAGCGUGGACAACUUCAACGAGGUGCUGGAGGAGUACCCCAUGAUGCGGCGGGCCUUCGAGACUGUAGCCAUCGACCGCCUGGACCGCAUCGGCAAGAAGAACUCGAUUCUUCUGCACAAGGUGCAGCACGACCUCAAC